ACCGCCCAUGCGCAGUUGAAGAAGUUUGCGUCCCAGUGACCACUGGCACAGCUCACAUAUGCCUCCCGGCGCCACCGUGUUACAUUCCCACGUCCACCUCUACGCCAACUCCAUCUUCAAUACAGCCAGUUGAUUAUCCUACUACUCCGGAAACUGACCCCUCUGUCGCAACAGCUUCGACUACUGUCGAACACACCGAUGUCGACAUACCCACUGACACUACUAUACCCUCAGCUGAUACUACUUCCCUCACACCUAAGGCAACUACUACAUCUGCUGCAAUGACGACAACUACUACUGCCCCUGCAGCUGCUACAACAGUUUUAGACCAGUACGUUGGCUGCUACAAAGACAAUAGUCUGCGAAUUCUGCCACAGGACCUAAGGAUAUAUACGCUUUUGACGACAACAAAAUGUUUACUACACUGUCACGGAAAAGGAUAUACAUAUUUUGGAACGCAGAAUAGAGUCGAAUGUUACUGUGGAAACAGCAUCAAAAGUGGAUAUGAGAUGGUAUCAGAUGAUGAAUGUUCACACAAGUGUGCUGGUGACACCGGGACAAUGUGCGGGGGCGCCUGGAGGGUCUCCGUCUAUAAAAUCCCUGUUAAUGCAUAGGCCAUCGGUGAUUCUUCCGUGAAUGUUGA